AGCGUCAUAGUAACGAGAAGCAAUGCAGAGUUCAGAAAUGGGGGUGUUUUCCAGCUUAGGCGUCGUAGUGUUGCUGUUACUGUUAGUCGUCGCCCUGGCGCCGGUGAGACCAGCGUCGGGUCAGCCAUUGCCGGGCUGCCCCGACAGGUGCGGCAACAUCAGCGUUCCCUACCCCUUCGGCAUCGGCGCCCGCUGCGCCCGCGACUUCGGCUACGAGCUCUUCUGCAACCACAGCUACUUCCCUCCGCGCCUCACCUUCUUCCCUCCACUCCCCACGCCUACAUCGAUCUUGGCCGGGCGCCGGCUGAAUCUGGCCAGCCUGUCCAUCGCCGACGGCGAGGCCGUAGCUCUCGUCAACGUGUUCCGCCAGUGCUACAGCAGCAACGAGAGCUACGUCAGCGACAACUCCCGUAACUACACGGUGUACCUGUCCCUCCUUGGCAGCAACACCUACCGCGUAUCCGCCGCGAGGAACCGCUUCGUCGCGCUCGGCUGCCCCAACCUCGGCUACCUCAGCGACGACGCGGGCUACUACAUCACCGGCUGCACGUCCGUCUGCCGACCGUCGCAGUGGAACUCCGUGUCGCCGGCGGCGUGCACCGGCGUUGGGUGCUGCCAGAGCAGGAUACCACCCAAUGUCACCUACUACGAGGCGUCCGUUCAAGGCUUCCAGGAAGCCCAGGGGAGAAUCUUCCGCGAGAACACGACUUCUUGCCGGUACGCGUUCGUGGUGGAGGACAGGUGGGUCGACACCACCUACCGGGACAGCGCCGACUUCAACCGGACCGACGACUUCGCCGUCCCCGUCGUGCUCGACUGGGCCAUCCGGAACGUCGCCAACUGCGACAUCGCCAAGCGCAACAGGACGGACUACGGGUGCAGGAGCACCAACAGCGAUUGCGUCGACUCCACCAAUGGUGUCGGAUACCGCUGCAAGUGCUCCAAUGGCUACGACGGCAACCCCUACCUUGACGGUGGAUGCACAGAUAUUGACGAGUGCCAACACUUAGACAAGUACCCAUGCCACGGAGUCUGCACAAAUCUGCUGGGAGGCUAUAAGUGUGAUUGCCCUCAUGGAUUCAGCGGAGAUGCCAUAAAAAAUGAUUGCCGUCCAAACGACAAGUUCACAUUAGCACUGAAAAUAGUCACAGGGGUCAGCGUUGGUGUGUUCUUGUCGGUGUUCAUGUGCUUUUGGUUGUACUUGGGGCUCCAGAAGAGGAAGCUCAUCAGAACAAAGCAAAGAUUCUUCGAGCAGAACGGUGGAGUGAUCCUCCAGCAGCAGAUGCACUCUGGUGGAGGCACUGGUGGGUUCAAAAUAUUUUCCACGGAAGAGCUCAAGAAGGCCACCAACAACUUCGCCGCUGACCGUGUUCUCGGCCGCGGCGGUCACGGUGUUGUCUACAAGGGUGUCCUGGAGGACAACAUGGUGGUGGCCAUCAAGAAGUCCAAGAUGAUGGAGGAGGCUCAAACCAAGGAAUUUGCUAGAGAAAUGUUUAUUCUCUCCCAGAUCAAUCACAGGAAUGUCGUCAAGCUGCUCGGUUGCUGCCUCGAGGUAGAAGUGCCCAUGUUAGUCUAUGAAUUUGUCUCAAACGGCACCCUCUACCACUACAUCCAUGGCAAGGAACCCACAACUGACAUAGCACUUGAUAACCGUCUUCGGAUAGCCGCAAAGUCCGCCGAGGCGCUCGCCUACAUGCAUUCAUCAGCUUCUCCACCAAUCCUCCAUGGAGAUGUCAAGACGGCUAACAUCCUACUUGAUGACAAGCUCAACGCCAAAGUUGCAGAUUUUGGAGCAUCCAAACUAGCACCAACUGAUGAGGCUGCAAUUGCCACGUUGGUGCAGGGAACUUGUGGGUACUUGGACCCUGAGUACCUAAUGACAUGCCAGUUAACCGAUAAGAGCGAUGUCUACAGUUUUGGUGUUGUCGUGCUGGAGCUUCUAACCAGGAAGAAGGCAUUGUACCUAGACGGGCCAGAGGAAGACAUGAGCUUGGUGUCACGCUUCACCACAGCAGUGAAGGCUGGUCGUCAUCGAGAGCUUAUGGACAGCCAAGUGAGGAAAGAGAUGAACGACGAAAUGGCAACAGAGAUUGCAGACCUCCUCAUGCGAUGCCUAAGCAUGAACGGUGAAGAACGACCAACGAUGAAAGAGGUAGCAGAGAGGUUGGAGAUGUUGAGGAGAUACCAGCAGCACCCUUGGGCUGAAGCUAAAGGUAAUGCUGAGGAGAAUCAAAGCUUGCUUGGCAUUGAACAUCAAAAUCCAAAUUACCAAUUCAGGCAGCAUGAUGUUCUUGAUCUGGAAGAAGGAAGUACAUAUACAUUUAGCUUGUAGAUAAUGUUGUUUGCGUUAAUCUUUUAUAAAUCAAUGAAUUCACAUACAAAUUCUUUUCUAUGUAAUAUGAAAACACAUCCAUGGGGUGCAACCAAAGAACGACCAAGAAAUUUAUGUGUUCUGUAAUAUAAAAGCAAGAAAUUGCAUAGA